CCCCGUCGCCCGGCGCCCAUUGGCUGGCUGGAGCGCGGUUUUGCCGCGGGGAUUAAUCCUAGCAGCGGCCGCAGCGAAGCUAGCAACUCCCGCCCGUUUUCCCGGCCAUUGACCACGCCACCACGCGAUUUUAGUAGCAGCAGCUGCGCCGUCCCAUCGCGAUUUUUUACAAUAGUCACCAACCCAAGGUUGUUCCCGCUCCCGGCGAACGUGGAUUGUAUAUAAGCCGAGCAAGACGGGACAAACCCGAAAAGGCGAAUCGAUCCAUCAGCCCAUCACGUCCAGCAGUCCAGCUGAUCAAGCAAGAAGUCGAUAGUUUGCCAAUCAAGCAAAGCAAUGGAGAGGAAGCCGAAGCACGCGAGGACGAGGAGCGCGGGCGGCGCCGCCGGGGUCUUCGCGUCCUUCCUCAGGUCCACGGCGGCGUCCUUCUCCUCCUCCUCGACGAACUUCGCCGCGCCCCGCACCGGCACCGGCGGAGGCAAGUCGUCGUUCAACCACCGCAACGCCUUCUCGGGCCCGAUGGUCUCCAUCGUCCCGCCGGAGGCCCGCGGCGGCGGGAGGAGGGGGAGCAAUAAGAAGAACAGCGGGUACAGGACGCCGGAGCCGUCGUCGCCCAAGGUGUCCUGCAUCGGCCAGAUCAAGAGGAGCAAGUCCAAGUCACAGAAGACGGCCAAGAAGGCGGCGGCUGCGUGCUGCGGGAAGGACGGCGGCGCCUGCCCGCUGCCGCCGAGGCCGCCGACGGGGGCGUCCGGAGCCAGGCCGAAGAGCUCGCUCGUGAAGAGGAUGUCCUUCUUCCGCCGGAGCAGGUCGCGCUCGUCUUCCAGCAAGCCGAGCGGGAGGGGGAGCACCGCGGUGCACGCCGCGGCUCCGGCCCCGGCCCCGGCGCCGGCGCCGGGGGCAGGGCUGGGGCACAUGAAGCGGUUCACGAGCGGGCGCGCGGCGUUCCAGGACUUCGACUGGAAGGAGGCGGAGAGGAGGGGUUCUGAUGACGAAGACGAAGAGUACUCGUUCGUGGACGACGGGUUCGUGGCGCAUUCGGCGCCGCUGGUGCUCGGCGGCGGCGUGGUGGCGUCGGAGCCCAGGAAGGAGGUGAACCUGUGGCGCCGCCGCCCCAUGUCUCCUCCCACGCCGCUGCAGCUUCCUUGAAACCUUCAUGAAUCGUACGUGUCAAUGGCUCAAUGCCUACGCCUCUGCGCCAAAUGUGUGUCCGUUCUUUAGUCUGUACAGUCGUUUACUUCUCUGUGAUGCUUAUAGAAAGCGUCGUUCAUUGAUUUUGUUCUGUAAAUGUGGUGCUCGUCUUAGAGGAACUAAAGAUGUACAGAGAGUCAGAGAGCCAAGGAAAACGAUCCCAUUUUGAUCUGUAAAAUCAUGCCUGUUCUUCAUGUGUC